AUGGCACCGCCUGUUCUUCUUUCUGCAAUGAUGCCUGCCGUCAGUCGUCAUGUCGACGACAAACACCAACUUGUACAUUCGCUAUUUACCCGGGACUUGCAGAAUCCCACACAUACACAGAAAGUUACACUCGGUGUCAUCGCUGCCUAUGUCGUGGCUAUCGCUAUUCUUUGGAACGUUCCGUAUCUGAAAAUGAUACUCUGGCCAUUCAAGAUGCUCGUCAUCGCAUUUCAUGAAUUCGGUCACGCCAUCACCGCAGUCUUGACGGGCGGCAAAGUCGAGUCUAUCAGCCUUGACCCCAACGAAGGCGGCGUCACUCGCAUGCGAGGUGGCAUCAGUGCCAUCACCCUCCCCGCAGGUUACUUGGGCUCUUCGCUCAUCGGCGCCCUGCUCACCUUUUGCGGUUUCAACAUUGUCGCCUCCAAAGUUGCCAGCAUCGUCCUCGCUGUCUGUUUCUUAUUGACGUUGUGGUGGGGGAAGCGCGACUGGCUAACCAUUCUCACCAUUGUCCUUGCUAUCGGUCUCCUAGUUGCCUGCUGGUUCAUCGUCCAUGCCCAAGCUCUACGUUUCGUUGUCCUCUUCAUUGGCGUCAUGUCUUCACUAUACAGUGUCUGGGACAUUUGCGACGACCUUAUCCUUCGCAAAGUAAACUCAUCCGACGCCAGCGUUUUUGCAAAGCGAUACGGUGGUUCUUCCCAGUGCUGGGGAGUCAUUUGGUCCAUCAUUUCGAUUCUCAUCAUGGCCGUCGGUAUCGUCGCCGGUCUGGCUGCCUUUUCUCAGUCUUUUGAGCAACAGCAACAGGACUCGCAGCAUUUCAUACCAACUUGA